UGGUGCUGCCAACGCCAUCUCGUUAGAGGUUGCUGCUGCUGAACACUCUAGAAGCCUACACAGAACACGUCCAUUACCCGUUUUCCUAGCCAUCGUGGAGUUCCAUCCAAAGUCAUGUGAAAUCUUUUGGUUAUCUACUAUAAGCCCAGUUAAAACGAUCUCCAUGACGACGGGCUGAUAUCCACGGAAGGAUGAUGUGAAGCUUACUGACCAUACUAAAAGAUUAAACGACCUCAAUGAACUCCUCAGAAAGCGAGACCGUCGCAGACACCGCCGACUGCCCGGCAUGUAGGCGCAGGGGAUCUAAACGGUCGGAGCAUCGACCUUUACGGCACAGGAACUCUCUAAAAGGACCCAGAGUCGUUGAGGAACACUGGACCAAGGUUUUACAAGCUAACGAGUGUGUCUAUAGUCGGCCGUGUAACUGUCGUCAUGCCGAGCGAUGCAGAUCCUUCAAGCGGCAUGGAUCGCGGCGACGUGCACAAAAUGUCGAUACGACAGUCUCAUCAAUAUUCCAGAGAUUUCGGUUUUGGUUGAAUUCCAAAUGGAAAGUUCAUGAAACAUUUGACGGUCCUUUCCGUACGGGAUCUUUAAGAAGUUCCAAGCGUAUCAUCAGCGACUCUACAACUGAUUCGGGAUUGUCGGAGUAUGAAUCCGACUCGAGUAACCCGUUCCAGAACAGAGUUGGACUAUACAGGACUGGAACGGAAAAUACAAUUAUAUCGGACACUGACGAUCCGAAUUAUGUUUACAUCCGAAACAAGAUGGCUGUAUCUGAAGAAACGAAAGAUGUGAGCGAUUCAAAAACGAGUUGUGUUAAAAAACACUCAUUACAUGUGCCUUCUUCAGCAACUUCCGGUUGUCCCAAUCAGAAUGACAAACGCCAGUCUAAACACAAACAGUUUCUCCAGGUGACGGAACCGGAAGAGAAGCGACAGCCAUUGACGAUCACAACAAGCUGUCCUGGGAAGUCUCACAGUACAUCUCGUCACACCGAGUCUUCGAACGAGAUUCCAUUUGCUGAGUUUUUUGGAACGUGGCCAAUGUCAAGGAAACGUCAGUUGAUGAUCGAAGAGGAUUUAGAUUCUGUGUUUGAAGACGACGGACGUAUGACCAGAAGGUUGUCUGGCUCGGAGAGUAUCCAUGGUAACGCAAGUGAAUUCCUCAUCCCUUAUAAGGAUUUAGAACUCGAAGAAUUGCUUAAAUCCGGACGCACGUGCUCUAUAUAUAGUGGCCGUUGGCAUGGAAACGUAAAAAUACAUCAUUACGGACCAUUGAAGAAGGAGGAAUCGCGUGAGUUUUGGAACAUGGUGACGAAACUUCACAGGGUGCGCCAUGAAAAUAUUGCGCUCUUCAUGGGCGCAUGCGUGGAUCCCAACCAUUUCGCUGUAGUGCUAAGUGUUCAAGAUGGCAUUUCACUGUACGACCAGAUACAUAAAAGGAAGGAGAAAAUGAAUUUACAGAAUAAGAUCCAGUGUCUCCGGCAGGUGGCGCACGGGGUGGGGUACCUGCACGCUAAGGGUAUCGUCAUCAGGUGCCUCAGUACUCGUAACGUCUUCAUGUGUCCCAAGGCCAGGGUCAGCGUGGUGGAUUAUGGGAUAGCUGAUAAACAUUCAGACAGACCCCAGUACGCAUGCGUGCCACGCGGACAGCUGACCUAUAUUGCACCGGAAGUGUUAUCCAGUAUGAUGGUGGUGCCCCCAUUGCUUAUAGCCACGGUCGACUAUAGCCUCCAAACGGACGUUUUCGCAUUUGGGACCCUGAUGUAUGAGAUUAUGGCCGGCCAGUUACCUUAUUACGGCCUGCAACCGGAAACGAUCAUCUGGAAGACAUGUGCCAAUCAAAAACAGCCACUGGGCAAGGUCAACGCCACCCGAGUUUUAACGAAUUUGAUCGAUUUGAGCUGGUCGCACAACCCAAAGAAAAGGCCUACAUUUGCUGAAAUUAGCCGAGAGCUUCAUCGGAAUGUAUCGCUGCAUAAACAGCACAGUAUUUCUCAUCCGGAAAAUUUGAACCGGGCGUGUUUUCUUUAGAGAAUUAACGGUAUGAUGAAUUCCCAGAGCACAUCAGAUUUUCAAAGAUAGCAAUUCAUUACAAUGUCUUGGUAUGGCGCUCCGACUCACAAAGGACAAAUUGGAUUUCAUUUUUGUGUGUUGUGAGCACAUCCUGAGUAAAACGUCAUCGAUAUAUGUGCACUAUAAUUGUGGACAGGAGAGAGAGAUGAGGCGUUUAUGCUAUCAGCAUCUUUUUAAAAUUGUUUCAGAAAGAUCUCUUCAAAUAACUUGGAUCUCGUUUUUUAUGCAUGUUUGUGAUAUCUUGUUAAACUUAAGUGAUUUCGACAUGUGACUAUUGUUAAUUUUCUCUUAAAAAAAUGUAUUUUAUUAUUGUUGAUCCCCUUGUCCGGCGUGAUUUGAUCAGGUGUGUUAUCUAUUAUCCGGACGCGUUUCUAUUUUUCCUCAAAAUAUCCGUGUUAAAGGGAUUCCGGUUUGUUUUAGUUUUAAUGUUCUUAGCUGCCGUCAUUUCAAAACCGUUUUAUUUAUUAUACCACUUCCUUGACAUUCGGAGAACAUUUUGACAAAGUUCGGAAGGUAUCGGCUUUUUACUAUUUAACAAUAACGAAGCAGUUCGGUCAAACGCAUUAUUUUAUUCAUUUAAUUUAAGCAUUGUUCGGCUUUGUUGGUACUGUAAUGGAAACUAGUUUUGUUCCUAAAUAUAUCAUAUAUAACAUAUUUAGGAACAAUUUUAGUUUUUAUUUCAGUAAUAUAAUCGAAGGCUUUAUUGAUUAUACAGGAUUUUGUUUUGGAGAAACGUUGGUCAUAUAAUUUGGUAUGGACACAUAUUUUCUUCUGAACUAACAUAAAGAAAAACGAAAGUCCGCUGCUUGUUUAAAAAUUCCGCGUGAUCAUCGAUAAUGAUGUUAAUAAUAUCUACGAAAAUUUUGACGUAAAACACAGUUUCUCCAACCUUUCGACGCUUAUGGUACCACUAAACAAAACAAAUCGCAGUCUAAUAGAAAAAAAACACAAUUCCGGAACGACAGUUGGAACCAUUGCUUUUGAGUAAUAUGACCCAAACGAUCAGCGCUUAAAUUAACAAUACACGGAAAUUCAGAUUACUGAGAUCCAACGGCACAGGUUUUUCCUUUUUGUUGAAAAAAUAUUUAUCUCGCUAAGAGUGAAAAUUAUUUCUAUAUUUAUGAAUAUUAUAUAUGUGGGUACAAUUUUAUAAUCCCACUGUUUCUGUUAUUUAUUUAUCUUUGUGGUAUUACUACAUAGUUAACGUUUUGUUGUUGAUUUAUAUAUUUCGGCAUUUUGCCCGUGACAUGCAAUCGAGAUACGUUAAACAAAUGAGCAAAAGAGGAAAAUUGUAUUACCUGCAAAAAGAAUAUUUGUAAGAUAGACCAAGUGAAAGUAAUCCACGAAUAAGAUACAAAUGUAUACAUUGUAAGCGAAAUCGCCUAAAACAGGUUCUACACGCAAUAUGCAAGGGGCAGUAACUCUUUAAAGAAAACCAAGAGAUCAACAACUUGGUAGUUGUGCUCAAUAUAACUUAUGAAAAAAUGAAGGUUUACUGUGUGGUCAGGGCAUUUGUUUCUACAGACUUUUGCGAUUUUACCAUUAAUCUUAACAUGCAUGAAGUAUUGUUGCAUUUUCAUUUCAAAUGGAGCUUUUUUGUUUAAUUUAAAUUUCGUUGUAUAUGUACAUUGUAUGAUGAAUAUGAUGGGUUCCCUAUAUUUAAGACUGUGAUAUCGGCAUGGAUUUUGUGAUUUGGAAAGUUCACUUUGUUCACAAUAUUUAAUGCAGAAAUAAUUAAAAAAAAUGA